AUGAACGGUGAUGCGGGCCUUGUUGGAUGUUUAGUCGAAAGACUUACAACUAGGCUUCCGCAUCGUACCGGUACUCCAGGUCAAGACCUCGAACGCGACGACGUCGCUGUUAUCACGCGUGCUACGCUCGUGAAGAUCAGCGUCACAUCUAUUACUGCUGUACUCGAAUCACUUAUCUCACUUCUGGAAGAGCUUGGCCGUCCGUAUAAGACAUUCGCAAGCCAUCCGUCCCAUAUCCUCCUGUCCGAAGUUUACGUCCUAUCGCUUGCCGCCGAUUGCUGUUCCGCUCGUUGGGAACCAUUUAGUAAAGCUAGCUCCAAUGUCGCAGUCGGCUUAUCCGCCUCCGGGUUUAAUGCCCCGGAACCGUUGGAUGACGGGCUUGUGACUAGGAUAUUCGAGCUUUUCAAGCACCUCCUUAAACCAUUCCCCGAUGGCUAUUGUUUACCAGCCAAGACAAUAUUGGAUGAGAGAUCUGCACGAGAAAUCUUUGAUGCUCGAUUUGGAGACCUGACUACUCGAGCCACCUCGUCAAGCGGCUCAGAUGACUCUCGGGAAAGCAAGGUAGUAAAAAGCGACGAUAUAGAUGAUGUUGAACCAUAUAUCAAGAUUAUCGUGGAGUUCGUGACCGCGUCCAGCUGGUCGGCCUCCUUUGAAAAUGUGAGAACCAGCAUCCAAGGAAUUAGGACCACAGGUGCGGCGCAAGUGGUUCCGACCCUAGCGAUGGCCGAGGAAGAGAAGACUUCGUUAGUGAUACUACGUUUAGUCUCGUAUAUGUGGGUUGACGGCCAGAAGCUUGGACUUAUAAUCCAAGAAUUGUGCUCCAGCUUCCUCCACUUUCGACGAGCUUACCAAAAUACGAUUGCCGUUAUCACGCCGCUCCUAAUAAUCGGAUGGAUCGAGCGCUAUCCUAAGGAGUUCGUCACAUUGCACUAUCAACAUAGGAAGUUGGAGGGUGGUCCUGAUACUCUGUUUGAUAUGACACAAACGAUAGCCGAUAGUGGGAAACGGCGGUCAAUAUUGUUCCCCUUCCAAACCUCUCUACUCAUGCUGAUUCCCGAUGUAUUCGAAGUAGCAAGUAAUUUACGGGAAGCGAAAACUGGUGGCAUGACUAAAAAAGUUGGGUUUCUUGAAGGCUUAAGAAAAGCGCUCAGGAAUAAAAACGACGCGGCUGGGUAUUGUCUUGUUAGCCUUCUCCGAGCCGUUCGUCAUUUCGACGAUGAUGGAGACGCUGCAAUUGUAAGUUAUGCCAUGGAUGUUCAGGAUGAAGUCCGGGACGCUGUUUUUCGCCGGUACCAUCCUAAUGGCGAGGGAUCUCUGUUCGAUCAAGACUUGACUACUGCAGCCUUCAUUAGUCUUACACAUUUGAACUUUGAGGGCUCCGUAGAGUCGCUAACACAGUCGUGCCUUCAUUCUGCCGCGCCAACUACUUUCAAGAUCGCAAUUAUCCAAGCGUGUUCGUACUUUGCGCGGCAACCCAAUGCCCAGGACUAUCAUCGCUUGUUUGCCGAGGCCGCUGGGUAUAUACAGAGCCAAAUGAAGGCGACAUCCGCUCUUUCGGCGGAUUUAUACAUAGGAGAUCAUCACUCGCAGCGCAAAUCCUCCGAAGCUGAUUCGUCUACGACUAUAUUAGUAUGUAACGUACUGAACUUCCUAGAUGCCUCGCCGGAAACCCUAUUUGAAGCUCCGCCGGCGAAUAGUGCGGAAGAGGAGCAGUUCUACGAAGGAAUCUUUGAGGCAUUCGUGUCUUGUCUUGUAACAGCGAAUGACUCUAUUAGGGCCCUCGCCAGUAACUUAGCUAGGAAACUGCUAGCUCCGAGUGGGUUUCUCUCUUCGUUACGCAAAUCAAGACGAAUAGACUCGCACAGCUUCGGGGUUAAGUUCUGGAAAUUGACAUCGGUUGUUUUGAUGGAAAUGUGUGAGAAGCUCGAACAGCAAGGAGAGAGUUCAUUGUUUAAGUCCAUUCACGGAUACCUCGAGUCGCGUCUACUGCUCCUGAGUUCAAUAAAGGAGCUGUGUGUGGUAUCCGAGGACAUUCCGGAACGCAUAGCGACCUCGACGAAACUCGAGACUCUCUUCCUAACAUCCCUUUGUUCGGCAGACAUAGAAACGAGCCAGCUAGUAACGUCUUGCAUUGGGCUCUUUAAUGAAGAGUGCCGCAUUUUGGAUUCCACUGUGGAUGCAGGCAAGACCGCGAAUCUAUUGCUCCGGAAUAGCGAAAUCUUCGGCGAGAUCGCUUCUCCCGAAUUCCGAUUCACAGGAAUGAUGGCUUUCCAAAAACGGACACGUGCCCUAUUAAGGCGCAUGCAAUAUCCAAGUGUGGGUAUUCUAGAAGCUUGGGAGAAGGCAUUUGAUAAGUGGCUUCACCUCUCGAAAGAUGUGUCCACGACAUCCGCAGAGAAUGUCGACGAGAGGCGCUUUUCUGAGUGGAGAAACCUAUCUGGGUUCCUCGCGUCGCUUGGUGGUAUUUGCACGGCUGAACAAGCUUAUAUUAUGGAUGAGCCUGCUGCUAGUGGUCUUAAGUGGAUUGAUCGACUUUCGUCGGAAAACCACGAGGAGCCCCUUCUCAACAGAUACCUCCAGCUUAGUACUCAGCUACUUGCGUGUACCAACGUGCGAGUUAGGGAAACCACACGGGAGGUCUUAUCUACUGACAUAUCCCCAAGCUUAUAUCAGCCUUUAUUUAGGGCACUCGAAUCGGAACUUGAAGUGCUCUUCACGGGUGCUCUCGAAACAUCGAGUAAAGGACAGGACGUUGAGAUCAUAUUCGCCGAACAAGCUGCAUCAUUAUUGAAGGCUUUAAUAGAACGAUUACAGACGCCCUCCGAGUUAGGAGCCGCAUCGUCGAUCAAUUUUGGCUCCCUUGGGUUGAGCUUCGCAAAGUUUCUAGAUGGUGUGGCCGAUAAUGUAGCUAGUCUACGAGUCAAAAUCAAGAUUUGUCAGAUGUGCGAGUCUGUUAAUAGGAAGAAAGAGCACUUGAACCUACGCGAUGACGUUCGGAAACGAAAUCAGCUCCUGGAAUAUAUCUUUAGUUGGAUUGCUAGGCCUCGGUCACCACCUAUAGACGGCAGCUACACGCAGCUUCACCAGGAUAAUGCGACGCGAAUCCAACGAGAUCUCGAUAAAGCUUGUCUCAGGUCUCUCGCAGAGCUUACUUACAGGCUACCACUUCAGCCGGGAGACGGGCAGAAUGACGCUGGUAUCAGCGAGUUAAAAUCCCAGAUGUUCCGUACCUAUUUCAACAGGUUCCUUUCGUUACUUAACUACGAGCCGACAGAUAGUAUCAGGGGAGAUGUUACUGGAAACUCAUCCCAACGCGACGAAACUGGAUCGACGUCUGAACUAUCCAUCACCAUCCUCUCAAACCUCUUAAGUGCCAAUAUCGAUGUAGGCCUCAAGUACUCCCUCAGUAUCGGCUAUAAUGAAAAUGUGGAGAUUCGCACUGCGUUUAUAAAGGUCCUUUACAAUAUCUUAGUUCAAGGGACAGAGUUCAGUAACUUGUCUGACAAGGCAGUAAAUGAGAAGUACGAUGAGCUAUUAGAGUUACUUACCCAUGACAUGAACCUUGCCGUGGCUAUUAGUACAGUCUGCCCAAGCGGUGAAGUCGAGGAACUUACAAUUUCGAUGCUCUACAUUUUUGAAUCUCGCGGGCGCGUUUUUGAACUCAUGGAAGCGUUGAUUAAACAGGAGAUUGAAGAUACAGAGAACGAAUCUGAGAUACUCCGUCGAAAUUGUGUCGCUACCAAGAUGCUCUCCAUCUACGCGAGGUGGAAAGGGGCAAACUAUCUCAAAGCUACGCUCCAAAAAGUUGUUGAGAGGUUAAUGCUAACUUCAAAGGACUUGGAUCUUGAGCUUGAUCCAACAAGAAUUUCAUCCCAAGAAGAACUCCAAAAGAAUGCGCUACAGCUACGCAUCGUCGCUAAAGUUUUUAUUGAUGAUAUUUGUGCAUCCUCCACCAGCAUCCCUACAUCAUUUAGGAAAAUCUGUAGCAUAAUAUCUUCAGCGGUAAUGCCUAGGUUCCAAGAGGCUAAAUAUACGGCUGUUGGAGCUUUCAUAUUUUUAAGAUUCUUCUGCCCUGCCAUCGUCGCCCCCGAGGCAGAGAACCUAGUAACUACAGCGCCGUCUAAGGAGAUGCGACGUGGUCUACUCCUAAUCGCAAAAGUCAUUCAGAAUCUAGCAAAUAACGUCUUGUUCGGAGCAAAGGAGCCAUAUAUGUAUCCUCUAAAUGAUUUUUUGACGCAGAACAUUUAUCGUGUUACCACAUUUCUCAGAGAAAUAUCGGUACCUCCACCUGUUCUUGAUACGCGUCCAGCAGACGGCGAAACCUAUGAGUUCGGCUCCUGUGUCGCUCUACACAGGUUUUUAUAUGACCACUGGGACCAUGUCCGGCAAAGACUCAUGUCUCAGGAACGACGAGAACACGUUCGCUCUCCUAACGAGUUGGUUCGUGGUCGAACACCCGUACUUGAACCCUUACGGGCUCUCGUAACAAAUUUGGGGCCACCUCCGUUAGCGGUUACUUGGAACCGCCCUCAAAUAUCUUCAAAUACUCCACUGUCUUACUCUAGGUUCCAACAUUUCAUGCUUCGCAACGCUUUCCGGGGUACCGAUUCCUUUGCGACAUCUCGUGCUAUCUAUGACGGCGGCGAGAGUAGAGAUGGGCUCUCUGUUAUUUGUAUAAUUCUUCGCCAUAUCGAUCAAGAUUCCAUAGAUUAUGAUACCCUUUUGUAUUGCUUCCUAAAAAUUGCGAGCCGGCUAUGGCACAAGCCAUUCGGGUUACUAAUCGAUGCGACGUGUUAUGAUGGUCAAAACGACCCCCCGGACGAGCUGUUCAAAAAGUUGGAUCUUCUUAGUCCGAGCGAGUUGUCUGAUCAACUUUCUAGGAUUUAUGUCUAUAAUAUGAACAGCACAUUCCGGAAAUGCUUCCGACGUAUACUUCGUAUAGCCACGAAGAGUGAUACAAAUGUUUUAAACCCAGGCAACGUAGAUUAUCUACUAGUCGGCAGCCGUCAAGAUCUACAGGCACAUUUCCACCUUAGUCAAGUUCACCUUCCGAAGGAGACCCUCAGCAUAGCCACCGAUUCUCGAUACACUUUCCAGCCGGUUACUCGGCUCUCGAAGACUAAAGGAAAGAUUGAAGUCACAAUUGGGGUCGGUGGCUCGUUUGUACAAGUAACUACCGUGAAGAAACAGGAGGUUCAUCCAACUUUUCGUCUAAACGGAAUUGUAAACGACAUUUUCCAUCUUAAGGAUCUAGAUGAGGCGCCAACCUCUAUUCCUACGGAGGAUGACUCUGCGUUUGGGUUGCGUGCAGAUAAUGGCAAAAUUGUGAUGUACUUCCAAAGCAGUAGGAAGGCCGACGUCUUGAAGGAAAUCCGCAGAGCAAAGGCAAUGUUAAGUAAAGAUGCUAGGACGAUAAAACCGUUCGAGCGUCUUAUCCGACCUCAAGAUGUCCCUGGGACCUUGCUGAAUCUUGCGUUAACAAAUCUUGCUUCUCCAGAUGCGAUGCUCCGGAUUGCAUCGUAUAAUCUACUCGGCGCGCUAUGUCGAGCUUUUAAGUUCAAGGCAGCCUCUAUGUUCAUGUGCACUAAAGAUGUCUCCGUUCCUCUAGACCCUACUCAAUUCAUCGUCAAUGUCAGCAAAGUCCUUGCCAAAGAAGAGCCUCAGCUAACAGGCGACUUCUUGAAUGAAUUCUUUGUCGGGUGGGAAAGCUUCUCUGAUGAGCAGAAACCUUUGAGCCUGGCUUACAUGGCGCCCUGGAUACCAAGCCUGCGUACAUCACUCUUACCGGACGAGUCUGAUAGCGAAAAGGCUAAAGAAAAGGUCGCUUCGAUCUUCCGCAAGUUGAUAGAUGUGACGGUUAUGGAGCCUUCACUAGGUCUAAUUUUGGAAUACACAGCUUGGCCGGCGAUUCAUAAGGAUGAGGUCUUAUUAGACAUCUUCCUUGACGAGAUUGUCAAGGCAGCGCUAGCCGUAGGACUAUAUGAUGAGCACACGCAAGCUUUAACAUCAAUAGUGACAGCUAUUGGCACGAUAACGCUUCGUGGAAAGAUAAUAUCUAGGCUUCGGAAGGCACUGAACAGAUCCUCGCUUCGACCCACGAAAUAUCUCCCCGAUAACUCCGUUUGGAAUGAGCUUUGCAUUCUACUCCAAUUUUGCCUCUCCCUUUCCUUCGACUGUGGCGUUCAGUCGCAGAUCUACCUACCUGAAAUAUUCCAUAUAGUCACUAUGCUGUCAAACACGGGCACUCACGAUAUUCGAGCGCUAGUCCACCGACUGCUAAUCAAUUCAAUCCAUGCAGCUUGCACCUCAUUCCAACUAGAAGAUACGAAGCUAUCGAAACUCCGGGGUACCCUUGAAAUCUUGUCCGAACCAAGGAAUGAUAGUCUGUCCGUCCCCUUGGUCUUAACUAAAGAUGGAGCCUCUAUCUCAACGUCUCACGAGGCCGGGCCGACGCUUGCGGUUAUAGAGAACCUAGCUACUCUACUCUUUGAGACGUGUUCUGUUGCAGCACCAUCUGUCGAUAUGGCUAACGCUUGGCGGUCCAGAUGGAUGAGUUUGGUAGCCAGCACUGCCUUUCAAAAUAACCCAGCAAUUCAGCCCCGAGCAUUUACCGUAAUGGGAUGUUUGGCUCGCGAAGAGGUUGACGAUGACUUGCUCUACCAGGUCCUCGUAGCACUCCGCAACAGUGUUGGCCGCUUUGGUGAAGACAACGGCAGCGACAUGCUCGUUGCUAUCGUCACAUCAUUAUCUAAGAUGAUCGCGAAGCUCACUGCAGCCUCUCGGUAUGGGCCGCAACUGUUCUGGUUAGCGAUGUCACUCGUCCGUCUUGUACCUGUUAAUCUGUUCAACUGUGCUGCCUUAUUCCUAGAAGCUGUUUUGGCAAACAUUGGGACGACAAGUGAAUUGAGGAAUAAUAAAAUGGCACAAUAUCUCUUACAAGGCCGAGCAACAUUAGAAGAAGCGGCGAUACCCCUAGAUGAAGCGUACGGGAUACAUUUUACGGCAGACAGUUUCCAUUUCGCAGUCUGCGCCUGUCUCGCGCGAGGGCUUACAGACCCUAUCAUUAGAAUUACAGCACUCCGGGUUCUCUCAACCUUCCUCGAAAUGACAACAGGCAGCUCCGAGGAUUCAUCGAAGACCUUUACAACCGAAUUCUACGCGUCACCAUAUCUGGCUCUCAUUCAUGCCCGGGCAAUUACUCCUGAAGAUUUAAAGGAAUGCCUCUGGUCGGCGGGUAUCAACCCAUUAAACGUUGCUAAUCUAGGACCAACUCGUAACCUGCGCGACCUGGAUAGCGUAAAGGACAAAGACCUUUUACUAAGCACGGCUAUCGAGUUGGUCGAUUUCCAGAUCUUAGAUGAGGCGAUACAGACCCAUACUCUAGCAUGGCUUAAUGACCUAGCAUCCGGAAGACCUACUGUUGUAUUGCAUCUAUGCCCAACCAUCGCAUCAUUUCUAGACGAGGUGUUGCUCCAUGGUCAAAACUCUUCGACACUUGGAUCAGCGCACGCUCUACUUCAGACGUUAUCAUCCAACCCAAAGUUUACGAGUGCGCUAGAAAGCGCCGGUAUAUUAAGUGACAUCUUAGAAGAUUUGGGGUUCGAAGGACUUUAUCGCUCGAGUUCCUUCACUUACUCUCAAGAUCCGGACAAGCAGUGCUCUAUAUUGACUGAGAAGUUAAUUGAGCUCAUUAUUAUCUAG